AGUUUUACUCUAAAUUUUUACAUGGUAUCAGAGCCAAACUCUGGGCAAGAUACGUUUUUUUUCCGGUGCUGAUCUCGAUCGACUCACGCCGUCGAUCAUGUGUUUGUGUGUGAUCGUGUGUGGCCAGCGAAUUUCCCGUCGGCAAUCGCUGAGUACGGGGCAAAGCUAGGAGUUUUUUUUUUUCGGCAGAGGCGGUUUGGUCCUUCAAUUAUUGUUGCAGAGUUUCUUAUUGUUGCUUAUUGUUGCAGUGUUUCUUCAAUUAUUGGAAGAAAACUACGGCACUGCUAUUGGUUUGUUUCUUCAAUUCUUCGGCGUUUCUCCAGCGAUUGUUCUGUUUCUCGUUGAAAAUUGGCAAUGACUUCCACCACGAAGAAAACUCGUUUGAUUCAUGAUCCCUCGUCUGAGUAUUAUCUUCAUCCUUCCGAAGGCCCAGGUAAUGCUCUCACGAAGCAUGUUUUGAAAGGCGAUAAUUUUGAUACAUGGGAGAAAAGUAUUGUAAAUGCGUUGAAGGGUUGUAGCAAGGCAGGGUUUUUGUCACCCGUUGGUGUGCCUAAACCUACAGAUCCGAUGGAAAUUGAGGCUUGGGAAGCCAAUAAUUCUACAAUUUGUAGUUGGAUUUUUAACAGUGUUGAAGAAACAAUUCAACCCAGUAUUGCUUCCCAUACUGUGGUUCAUGAAUUGUGGACAGAUUUGAAGGCGCGCUAUAGCACGGUGAAUGAGCCUCACAUUUACCAACUCGAGAACGAGUUGCAAAAUCUUCGUCAGAAAGGCCAAACUGUGGUCGUUUACUAUAAUCAGUUUGUUACUAUUUGGAAUAAAUUAUACGGCAUGGAGGAUCCAACUUGCGGGUGCAAGUGUGAAGCAGCGGCGUUGUUGAAGGAUCGGGCGGAAAAAUCAAAAACUCGGAAGUUUUUGUUGGGUUUGGAUGAUGAGCAAUUUGGUAGCAUUCGUGGUCAAAUUCUCGGAACUCAACCAUUGGUGGAUCUUAAUAAGGCAUUCUAUUUGAUUACUCAAGAGGAACGACAUAAAAGUGUGGUUCGUGCUCGUGAUGAUCACACGGAUGCUUUGGCAUUUGCGGCCCCACGGACGACACCAAACCCGUAUCAAUGCACUCAUUGCAGAAAAUCGGGACAUACGGUUGACAGGUGUUAUAUGAUCAAUGGCUUUCCGAAUACCGGAAGAGGGCGUGGUCGUCAUUCUUUUGGUCGAGGGGGAGGUCGCGGCGGUAACCUUGGUGGCCGGACAGCUUCCCAGACAGCGCCCACUGCCGUGGGUACUGCCGCCAGCCAGCAUGGCAGCCACACAGGACCUUCGGCCCAUGCAGCAGCUGAAGCACCGCCAUCCCUCUCCACUUUAUCACCUGAUCAAGUUGCCCGGUUAUUUUCUAUGCUAGAAUCACCGCCUUCUACUUCCGACCGUUUGCAAGAUCUGGUAAUUUCUUCUACCUCUACUGCCGAUGAGUUAUGGUGUGUGAUUUAUGAUCUGUUCCAUGAUAACAAACACGCUCGGGCAAUGCAACUAGAGCACCAGUUCCACACCACGGUCAAGGGCACCAUGCCUAUGGCCACAUAUUGCCAGACUUUGCAGAACAUUGCUGAUUGGUUGGAUGAUGUCGAUGCUCCGGUACCAGAGUCUCAACUUGUGCUUCAAAUGCUUCGUGGGCUACCAGAGGAUCUUCAGGCCUAGACAUCUUUCUUGUAAUUCAACAACCGCUGUUUACGUUUCUUCAAACCCAGUUCGCCCUACUACUUUUGGAUCGACAAUGGCUACCACUAAACGAUGACACCGGAA